UUGCUGCCGUGUCGUUCCAGAUGUGACUGACAAGUCGUUUUAUGACGUCCGCACCGAGUUCCUGCGCCGUUAACCUCGGAGAGACUGUGACACCAUGGCUUUGGUUAUGGAACCUAUAAGUAAAUGGACGCCAAAGCAAGUGCUGGACUGGAUGAAAGGUUUGGAUGACUGUCUCCAACAGUACGUGAAGAGUUUUGAGCGAGAGCAGAUGGGAGGAGAACAACUGCUUCACAUCACCCACCAGGAGUUGGAGGAGCUGGGAGUUACUAGAAUAGGACAUCAAGAACUCAUCCUGGAAGCUGUUGAUCUCCUCUGUGCCCUGAAUUAUGGCCUUGAAACCGAGAACCUGCGGACUCUGUCCCACAAGUUGAACGCUUCUGCUAAGAACCUCCAGAACUUUAUCUUGGGCCGGCGGAGGGGCGGACACUAUGAUGGACGGGCAUCUCGGAGGCUACCCAAUGACUUCCUCACCUCAGUAGUGGAUCUUAUUGGUGCAGCCAAGAACCUGCUAGCUUGGCUGGACAGGUCUCCAUUUGCCAGCGUGACAGAGUAUUCCUUACUGAAGAACAACAUUGUGCAGCUCUGCUUAGAAUUAACCACCAUUGUACAACAGGAUUGCACUGUGUAUGAAACGGAGAACAAGAUUCUCCACGUGUGUAAGACCUUAGCAGGGAUAUGUGACCACAUCAUCUCCCUCUCGUCAGACUCUUUGGUCUCUCAGUCGGCCCACCUGGAAGUGGUCCACCUCACCAGCAUCAUGCCCAGUGAAGGCCUGGGGAUGUAUAUCAAGUCUACGUAUGAUGGACUCCAUGUCAUCACAGGAACCACAGAGAAUUCACCAGCAGACCAGUGUAAAAAGAUCCAUGCAGGAGAUGAGGUCAUCCAAGUCAACCACCAGACAGUGGUGGGCUGGCAGCUGAAGAACCUGGUCAAUGCUCUGAGGGAAGACCCAUGUGGAGUCAUCCUCACACUGAAGAAGAGGCCCCAGAACACCCUGAGCUCCACUCCCGCUCUGCUCAGAAAUGUUCGCUGGAAACCCCUGGGCCUACAGCCGCUGCCCACCAGCCCCACAAGCACCUCCCCUACCGCUGGUGGAACUGUGGGUAUGUCCAAAAUGGACGGUCCCAGUAUGCAGGACGUUUAUAUCCUUUCUCCUGUCUCUGGACUCUACAGCGCCAGAGAUGAGUUGGGUCUGAUGUCAUGUGACAAUAUCAGCCGCUACAGCGUGAGCACCCAGUCCGGCUCCAAAGGUUCAGAGGCGGUCAGCUACUACCUGGACCAGGACAGCGGUCAGUAUUUCUCCCUGCUGGAUGGAGAUGGACCACUUGGACCUGACUAUGACAGGGGCCGCAAUACUGGUGUUCGCAGGCGGGACAAGACCCCCACUCAUGGUGACCUCAGACCUGUUUCCAUGCCUCCUGAAUAUAACUGGAUGGCCGAGGCCAAGGAACCCAGCAUGGGCAAGAGAGGGAGCCGAGAUUCCGACAACUCCCUGCUGCGUUACCUCAGUGACGAUAAAAUCCUCGUGAUCGAGGAGGAACCCGAGGUUCCAGGAAGAGAGAGCCGGCGGGAUUCCACCAGACGUUCCCGGCGCAAGAGCCGCAAUCCCAGCAGCCCCAGCUUUCCCAUCAGCCCCUCCAUGUUGUCCUCUACCCUACGCCUGGACCAGCCACCUGAUGCUUUGCCUCGAGGUGCAGAUACACUGCGUGCAGACACAACUGACAGGUACUCAGGCUCAGGAAGCUCAGGAGCUGCCUCCAUGAGGAAGUCUUUCCAUUACACCUCCCUCAGAACGAAAACCAAAAAGAGGAGUAAAGGUUCCCUUACUAGCGCCAGUCGAAGGAGAAUUUCUUGUAAGGACUUGGGGCAUGGUGACUGUGAGGGCUGGCUCUGGAAGAAGAAGGAUGCCAAAGGUUACUUCACCCAGAAAUGGAGGAAGUAUUGGUUCAUCCUCAAAGAGUCCUGCCUCUACUGGUACACCAAUCAGAAUGAUGAGAAGGCUGAGGGCUUCAUCAGCCUCCCUGAGUUCAGAAUAGACCGAGCCAUAGAGUGCAGGAGGAAAUUUGCCUUCAAAGCUUGUCAUCCCAAAAUCAAGAGCUUCUUCUUUGCAACGGAUUGUCUGGAGGAAAUGAACAGGUGGAUGAACCGGCUGGGUUUAGCUGCUAUUGGCUACACACCAGAUGACAAGGUGCCACGCCCUGAUGAAGAUUAUUGGAGUGAAAGCGAUCAAGACGAGGUUGAUGGCUCCAUGACGCUCAAACAGGAAGGGCCCUCAUCCCUCUGUGAUACCUACCACCGCACACCAUCCGUUAAUUCUUCAAGCCCCUACCCAGAGCCCAAGCACGGCCGACAUUUCUCUAGCGAGUCUACACACUCCCACUCCUCAGCUGAAGACCAGCGUGGAGAUGGCAUGGGCAUGGGCACAGGCACAGGCAGCACCAGCACCCAUUCCUCCGGUUGUCGCUCUUCCCAUCGUGAACGCCGCUCCUGGCAGGACCUCAUUGAGACCCCUCUGACCAGCGCGGGGCUGCACUUCCUUCAGACAGCACCAGGAGAAAGUGAAUAUGGAGGCCUUAUGGGAAGCAUGGCUGGAGAAAUGGGUUUUUACGCAGGCCUGGGCAGACAGGGCAUGUCCCCAGAGAGACGCAGGCAGGCCACACUGCCUGUGCGGAGACACCACGCUGCAGAGAGGGACAGAGAUCGGGAUGGGCCCUUCCCUCUGGAACGGGGUCCAUACACACAUAGCCACACCCACCGACGCUCCCACAAGCAGCGCAGCCAGAGUCUGCCGAGGAACAGGGAUCCACUGCCAGGAAAGCUGUUACUGACCUCAGCUCAUAUGGAAGAGAGGAGCGAGGACGAGGAGGUGGAGGGCCAGGCUGCAGAUCUGAUGGAGGGCGAGGAAGACUUGCGGGAAUUGAGACUUGAGAGCAGAGAGAGGAGGGUAUCAGAAGGACGGGAAAGGCGAGUGUCAGAAGGUCGCGAACCAGAGCCGCUGGAUGGGUUAGAGCAGCUUUACCGAGCCUUGGAACAAGCCAAUGUGACAGCCCUAGGAGACCCCCGGCCUGCAAACCGACAAGAACUGCGACGUUUUUUCACUCAGAGAGUUCGGGACCCCCUCCUCAAUGACAGACUGCACCGGGUCAGAGCCCUCCGUAGCACCUUAAAGGCCAAAGAGUCGGAGCUGGCAGUAAUCUGUGCCCUGCUGGAGGACCCUGGCUUGUGCUCCCAGACCUUCAGAGAAUGGAAACAGUGGCACAGCGAGCUCUACUCAGACAUCUGCCAGCUCAGCCCUGGCGCCAACGGCCAGGACGACCUUUCCCCGCUGGCUGCACCUCUCAUGACCCACACGCACUCUUUCAUUGAGACGCACGUGUGAGCUCGAGAAACCAAUCAAAGGCCUGAAAUAAACACAGCCACCCACAUUUGCACGCACAGAGCGCCACUUAGCUAAACCUUUUCUCCUCAUCACAUCUCUCUCCGGCACGCAUUCAGACUCACACCAACACACAUACAAAGGCACACAGUGUAAGAUGUGUAAAUAUCAAAGAGGGAACAGUCGGAGACCUGCGUGUAUGAACUUUUGAUAAUCCUGAGGACCCCGCAGGGUGCCUAUUGCAUGCCUGAACAGAAAGCAUUAAUCUUCCUUUGUCUGUGGAGCUCAGUAUAAACUCCACACACUUGUCAAGUAACAUUAGAAAGAGGAGACUUUUUAACAUGUUUGCUCCUUUGUAUUCUCUUGGUUUUGCUAUUUCUGGUUGCUUUCAGGGGCAGGGGGAGCUAUGUAGCAGCAAUACAGAGAAGAAUCCUUUUCACCACAGCACUGUACUUUUGUACUGAUGAACUUUGCACCCAGAGCCACCGGUUCUCCCCCCUUUUUCUGUUUUUUUUUUUUCCUCUCUCUCUCUCUCUCUCUCUCUCUCUCUCUCUCUCUCUCUCUCACUGCAUAUCUUGUUGAUUUCCAGCAACCUCACUGUUACUCUGGGCUGAUCAGCUGGGACAGUGUAGUGGGUGAAAGUGAAUCCUGUUAGACUGUGAAAGGUAUCAAUCCGAGCCGGGCUAUCUGUUUUAGCUAUUUUCAUCGGAACAACAACAACAAAAAAUUAAAACAAAGCAAAAAAACAAACAAACAAAAAAAUCAACAUGACAUGCAUUGUGAAACCAUGACAUGAGUCAAAUACCAAACUGUGAACUGUUUAGAAACCACAGCCUCUGAUUUACAGAGGUGCUACAAUUCUUCUUGCAUCUUCUCUUUCUUUCCAUUGUUUUCUCCAAUUCGUCCUCUCCUUCGCUUCAUUUUCUUUUCAGCUCUGAAUUUUUCCCCCUCUAAUCUUCAAAGACUAGUGUAUAUGUGUAUACUGCUGUGUAUACUGAUGUAAAUGUUUGCGUUCCACUACCACUGUGAUAUGUUCCUAGAGGUAGCGGAGGGGAAGACCGAGAAUAUGUAUUUGCGCAGGUGCAAAACAGUUUUUCCCCCCUUUUCAUUAACAGCAAAUGCAAAUGCAAGAGCGUUCGUUUCGAAAGGAGUCACUCAUUAUAAAGAAUGCACUUUGUCAUAUCUAUGUCAUUGGCUGCAUCACAGGGUCCUACGUCUCAUCGGCCUCUCACACUGCUGUUCAAAAUAUCAGGUAAAAGCAUUUGCCGUCUCAUUUUCUAAAGAUUUGUGUACAGCUUACAAUUAUAUUUAAACAUAGAAGACUAUAUAAAUCUAUUUACGUUUUGUGUCAUAGAUAUAAUGUAAAGUUUGAUGUAUUCUAUGCCAAGGUUUUUGCAGUGUCCACUCCCC